UUCAGCACAGUAACUGUCUGGCUUCUUUGAAAGACAAUAGCAGAAGCAGCUGAUGCAGCCAGGGAGCUGUCAGAUUGCAUCUGUCUACAUUUCCUCCAUGGCUUGUUUCGAUAAGUGUCACUGUUCUGUAGACAACAGGAGGCAUAGCAGUAUCCUAUACAACAUCCUGAAGAAUGAGGAGCACCAGGAUUCACACAAAGGCAGGAAUGAAGAGCACUCAGGAGAGAAUGGUCAAGCUUGUUCCUGUGGCUCUCAGAAGAAAGUCAGUCUUAAGAGCCCCCAGGUCACCUGUAAGGCUGCCUCAGCAGUGCUAGUGAAGACCCUAAGAUUUGUCAAGAGCCUGCCUUGCUUCCAGGAACUACCCUUGGCUGAUCAGCUACUGUUGGUCAGGAGCUGCUGGGCUCCUCUCCUGGUGCUGGGGCUUGCACAGGACAAGGUCGAUUUUGAGACUGUUGAAACAUCAGAGCCCAGUAUGCUGCAAAGGAUAUUAACUAACAGACAAGGAGCAGAGAAGAAACAUCACCAAGAACAUCAUGAGACACUACUUCUUGGACAUAAUCUCCAGCAACAUAAAGGCACACAGCUACCAACAGCCACAGAGAUCAGGUGGAUCAAGGAAUUCUUGGAGAAGUGUUGGAGCCUGGGGAUUAGCAACAAAGAGUACGCCUAUCUGAAAGGGAUUGUCCUCUUUAAUCCAGAUUUGCCCGGAUUGCACUGUGCUCGCUAUAUCCAAGGAUUACAACAGGAAGCCCACCAAGCCUUAAACGAGCAUUUGAAGAUGAUCCAGAGAUGGGAUCACUCCAGAUUCACCAAGUUAAUUAUUGUCCUGUCCAUGCUGAGAUCCAUCAAUGGCACCGCCAUUGCAGAACUGUUCUUCAGACCCAUCAUCGGCUCUGUAAAUAUGGACGACAUGUUAUUGGAGAUGUUGGGUGCAAAAAUAUAACUGCAAACCUGACAAACUUGAAUUAGAAAUGACACAUUAUUAAUAGGAUAGGAAUUGUACAUAAUUCAGGUUUGACGAAGCUGCAGAGUGAACUAGCCUGAUCCCUGAACGUGUCUUCAUUUUGGCUGCUUGGGUAUAUGAAUCAUGUACGUGCACCUCAUUAGAUUUUCUGUACAAUAUCUAGUUUUCAUGGUAGAGCAAAGUGCUUAACUCGCUGGCUUUCUGUCUUUCUAGAUACACAGACGUCUACAGAAAAGCAUAUACAGAUUAGCGCCAAAUAUUCAUAAAGUACCUUAUCCACAUACUAAGGUGCAAUGCAGUUGUUAUAAACUAUGGCAGAUCAUCAGAAGUGCACUAACAUUGGCAUCACAUUAUCAUUGGAUUUGCCAUAUUUGAUCUAAUACAUGGUAUGUUUGCUUAGUCUAUAACUGUACAAAUAUAUGAUGUGGAUUUAUUAGACUCUGAAGCCAAAGGUUUUAUAGGUAAGCCAGCUUUAAUUUCCGGCGUAUGUAGUGUGCCAGCACUAAUGAAUGGUAGUCAGUAGACGGUGUACAUACUGUGACGUAUGUGGUAUGUUAGAGAAGUAAACUCAUAAGGGCUACAUACAUGUCCACUCCUUUGGAUGGAAGUAAUUAGCUUGAUUCCUUUAAAUGGUAAUACUGUUAGAUUAAUGAAGAGUAGCAGACAAGCCAUUUGCACUUAUCAGAAAGGAACAAGCCUAUGUUGAAGCUGUUCUGUCAGCUCUCCUGGCAUCUCCUGGUCUAUUUUAGUAAGUACACUCCCUAUGAAAUAUCAGUUCUGGAGCACCUUAGCUUAGAAGUCUGCAUGACACCAUGCUUUUGUUAUUCCUCCUGAAAAUAUGUUAUUAAAGGGGUUGAGUCAUCAGUAGGAUAUGCCAUAAAAUGGAUGUGUGUCCCACCUCUGAGACCAUCUCCAGAACUGGCCCCCAAAAGUGUGACGUGAUCUCCAUUCAUUUCUACGGAGUUUUGGAAAUAGAGGAGGUAGCACACACGGCUAUUUUUGGAAGUCCUAUAGAAAUGAAUGAAGAGCGCACUGCACAAGCUCAACAACUGCUUCAUUUACUUCUACAACAUGCCGGAGAUAGCAGAGUCAGUGCAAGGCAAAUUUCUUCAGUCCCAUAGAAAUGAAUGAAUGGAAGGCGGCCAUGUGUGCACAGCUGCUCUCCGCUCACUUUAGGGGUCACAGAGAUGGCAUAGCAAUAGGCUACCAAUGUCUAAGAUGAUACCAUCCCAUGUCAUCAGUAGAUAGAAAAGAAAUUAAUAGUUUUCAACAUAACGAAUAGCAAGCUUUUGGGACUAUUUCUUCUGACUUUAUUCAUAGAUUUUCAAGGAAUAACAAAAGAAUCACAGAAUUGCUAUUUCAUGGAACAUAUAUUUACAAAUCAGACAUGUCAAAAUAAUUGACAGGUCCUGUUAAAUGGAGCACAAAAAAUAAUAAGUCCCCAGCAAUCCAUCCCUUCAUCAACUUCUUUCCUUUGAUCCGCAUAUUACAAUCAAAACUACAAAAUAAAUAUAUUGUCCUGUGUCUGAGGAGCUCAGCCUUGUCUCCUAUCUCCUCCUCACUGUCCUGUGUCUGGCUGUUAGACAACUGGCUGGAAUAGGAGCCUCCCCUGUGUCCUGUUUGUUGUUGGCAAAAAGAUUGUUAAUCCCACUGCCAAAGCUAAGCCUAACCUUCUCAGUUGGUCUCCAGCUGACAACGGAACAGAUCAGCAGAAGAUUAGCCCCUGAAUCCAGUGCCAAAUUUCUACAAGACAUUUCAGGACCCUGCAGAAACUCCUACAGACUGGCAAGCAGUUCGGCCAUGUUGAUUCCUGUUUUUUUAUCAUUCAUUUCUAGGGUUAGUGUUUCUUUAAUGGCUCGUAUGGCAAGGAACACCUAUGUGCUUUUACAAACUACCACUCAGCCUUCAGCAUUAACUGGAAUUCUGUCGCUGUUUUAAGUGCAAUUUUUUUCCAUAGUGUAUAUAUUAUUAGCACAUAUACAGUAUAGUUACUAAUACAACGUCAUCAUUAUUAACUGUAUCUACUUAGAAAAAAAGCCACUCUGUGAGAUGUUAUAGCUUUCUUGUAUCUUUUAUUAUUGAAGCAAAACCUAUGAAAGUUUCAUUUAUUGUGGUUUAAAGUAUUGUAAAAUAUGUAACUUAUUGUUUUUACAAAGACAAUAUUUUUUUAUUGCAAUAAAAAUAUUCU